GUUAAAGAGCCUGUGUUGUUGGGAUAACUGUGGGAGUCAGUGGAUUUGUAGUAGACAUCAGUCGAUAGUUUGUACCCUGUCAUUAGAAGUUGAUUGAUCACAAAAUCAAAACAGGAGUAGGGGGUAUAGUGGAAAGAAAUUGUGGAUAAAUGCAGCUAAAUUUUAAUUGAUAUGUGUUCUGACACCUUUUUGUCCCUGAAAAGGAAGCUCUGGAUAUUUUAAUUUUAUUAACACCCUUUUUUAAACUUUUGAUUGAUCCCAAGUGUAAAUGAAUGCUUGUUAACGUUGAGUUCAUUUGUGUGCAUUCAGUGGCCCUGAUAAUAGUGACAAGUCUGGAAUUUGCCUCAAUAUUCAGUGAGAAAUUAGGACGUCUUGGGUGUGCAGAAUAAUAUAAUAAUAAUAAUAACUUUAUUUGUACAUUCAUACAAUUGAAUGCAACCCAAAGUGCUUUCCACGUUGAAUCAGAUGUAAACAAAAAUAUAAUUAAAAACAGUUAGAACAUAGGCUGUUAAUGGCAUAAAAACACAGAUUUAUAUGAAAAUAUAAAAUAUUAAAUUGAGAGUGUAAAAGGACAAAGGAAGUAACAUCAGUUAAAAGCUUGAUUAAAAAGGUAAGUCUUUAGCUGUCGUUUAAAAAUGUCAAGUGAGUGGAUGUCUCUCACAGCCCUAGGUAGGGUAUUCCACAGCUUGGGGGCACUUCUGUCUUUUCCCUGAAACUAAUUAUUCCCUUUGUUUUUCAGAAAUAGGUUAAUUGGAAAUGAAUGUACAUUCUCCCCAUGACCCCGCUGUAUCUCAAAACUAAACUAAACAUUAGCAAAUUUGAGGAAUUGUUCAAAUGUAAUAUUAUUAAUAAUAAUUUUUAAUAAUAAUAACUUUAAUAAUUUUAUUUUAAACACAGAAGCACUGAGGUAAAUUGAAAGAACAGAGAAGAUGCAACUUGUGAACAUCAUGAAAAUAGUUUUGACAAAGUGCAUUUCUAUUGCGCAAAAAAAGAUGAAACGUCACUUCUUCAUAUUCAUUUUACUUUCAGUAACAUUUGUUUGCAUAAAUAUUGGAUGGCAAUAUAAACUUCAGUUUAAAAUAGUUAAUUUAAAUAAUGAUACAAAUGUAAAAUGUGGUAAGGAAGAUGGUCAAACCAGAAUGGAGAAUAUUCCAAAGGGAAUUUGGACAAUUAAUUCUAUUGGACGACUUGGCAACCAGUUGGGGGAAUAUGCAACACUGUAUGCUUUGGCAAAGCUGAAUGGUCAUCAGGCCUACAUUUUGCCUUCCAUGGCCAAUUAUCUGUCUCCUCUCUUUAAAACUACUCUUCCAACCCUCCAUGAAAGCUUGAACAAAAAAUUACACUUGAAGCCUUACGGGCUCCAUGACUGGAUGGAUGAUGAGUAUCGUAAUAUUCCAGGGGACUAUCGAAUACUCACGGGAUACCCGUGCUCCUGGACCUUCUAUCAUCACUUACGAGAGGAAAUUCUCCGCGAGUUCACCUUUCAUGACUUUAUAACGGAAGAGACAAAUACAUAUCUGAGACGCAUCGGGGGAGAGCGAAAGAAUGUGACUUUUGUUGGUGUUCAUGUUCGAAGGGGCGAUUAUUUACAAACCAUGCCAAAAAUAUGGAAAGGGGUUGUGGCGGAUAAGAAAUAUUUAGAAAAAGCAAUGACUUACUUCAGAAAUAAAUUCAAGAAUGUAAUUUUUGCGGUGACAAGUGAUGGAAUGGAUUGGUGCAAGGAGAACAUCAAUAAUUCCAAAGGGGAUGUUUUCUUUUCAGAUACAUUGAACAGUCCAGGUCAAGAUCUUUCUAUUCUUGCUCAUUGUAAUCACACUAUAAUGACGAUAGGAACAUUUGGGUAUUGGGCUGGGUACCUCGCUGGUGGGGAGACUAUUUAUCUCGAUAAUUACACUCUGCCUGAUUCACCGUUUCUAAAGAUAUUUAAGUACAAAGCAGCUUUCUUACCUCAAUGGAUUGGAAUUCCAGCUGAUCUCUCACCUCUUCAAGACACUGCCAGUACAAAAAAAAACAAUAACUAAUUUAACCAAGCAUUCUUAAUUCAAACUGUCAUACACCAUGGAAAGAGGCUCAUCGGCCAAACUUGCCCAAGUCAAACAAGAUGCCCCAUCCACAUUAGUCCCACCUGCCCACCUUAAGCCCAUCUCCCUCUCACCCAUUCCAAUACAUGUACCUGUCCAAAUGUAUUUUAAAUGUUCUCAUUGUACGUGCCUCAACUACCUCCUUGGUGAGCUCUUUCCAUAUACCCACCUCGCUCUGUGGAAAACUUUCCCACUCAGGGGCAACUAUUAAAUCUAUUAAUAGUUUAAAUUGAAUUAUUUAAAUCUUUCCCCUCUCACCUUACCCUGGGUAAAACACUGUGCAAUCACCCUAUCUGUUCCCCUCAUUACUUUAUACACCCCUAUAGGAUCACUCCUCAACUUCCUGCGCACCAUGAAAUAAACUCCGAGCCUGCCUGACCUCUCACAAUAGCACAGACCUCGUCAAUCUUCUCUGCAGUCUCUCCAGCUUCACAACAUCCUUCCUAUAGUAGGGUGACCAAAACUGAACACAUUACUCUAAGAUACAAGAGACAGAAGAUUCUGAAAGUCAGGCAGCAUCUGUGGAGGGAAUCGAUAGGGAAUGGGUAGGUGACAUAAUUGGCUGGCACUCUUAUUCUGACAAAUGGAUUGGAUGGGGUUGAGGGGAAAGCUGGAAAAUGGGUGGGAGUGGGACAAAGCCUGGUAAAUGAUAGGUUGGUGUCGGUGAGGGUGUUGAUUGUCAGAUGGGUUGAGUAAAUGACAAAGGCUUCAGGUGCAAAGGGUGUUUGAUAAGGAGGGAAGAGGAAGA